UUACUGCCUGUAGACUUAACCGAGAAGCUUUCGUGUAUUUCAAGUCGUUGUCAAAUUUUUUUUCUGCUUCAAUUUCGAAUUCGAAUCGGCUGUGGGGAUUAGCGAUGGCGGAGCAAGAGGAGAUUACGGAUCCAGGACAGGAGUCGUUUGUUGAUAAAAUCACCGAUAAGCUUCACGGCAGCAACGACGAUUCGUCGUCGUCGUCUUCGUCUUCGGACUCGGACUCCGACGCUAAGAAGACGACGGCGGCGCCGCCGUCCCCUGUCAAGGAGGAGAUUGGCCGUGAAAAGCCCGUUCACAAGGUUUUUGGCGGAGGCAAACCUGCUGAUAUAUUCUUAUGGAGGGACAAGAAAAUAUCUGGUGGAGUGCUUGGUGGAGUAACUGCUGUCUGGGUUCUUUUUGAAUUGCUCGAGUAUCAUUUGCUUACUCUCGUUUGCCACAUUGUGAUCUUCACCCUUUCGAUGUUGUUCUUGUGGUCCAAUGUAACAAUCUUUAUCAACAAGAGACCUCCACCAAUUCCAGUAGUUAGCCUUUCUGAAGAGCCAUUUGUGGGCGUUGCUUUGGCCCUUCGUAAUGAGAUUAAUCGCACUUGUGCUGUGUUGAGGGAAAUUGCGUCUGGCAGGGAUCUUAAGAAGUUCCUGGUGGUUGUCGCUGUCCUUUGGUUUUUCUCGAUUGUGGGAAGCUGCUGCAACUUCUUGACAUUGUUUUACCUAGUGUUUGUUUUACUGCACACGGUGCCUGUCUUGUAUGAGAAGUACAACGAGAAGAUAGAUGCAUUUACUGAGAAAGCAACGGUUGAGAUCAAGAAGCAGUAUGCAGUGUUUGAUGCAAAAUUCCUGUGCAAGAUCCCAAAGGGGCCAUUUGACAAGAAGCGGGCUUAGAUAUAUAUGCCAAGCAAGCAACUUGGUGGCAACUGGCUUUGUUUUCCGUAUGUUCGUUCGAUGCUUUCUUACUUCCUAUGUGUAGUUUCUCGUUAAAAGAUUAUGGUUUUGGUUUUAUUGUAGAUCAUGUAUGUGUUUUAUACCUUGCCAACUCCAUGAUUUUGCUUUUUAGAUAGUGUGAUGUAAAUGAACUGUGGGUUUGCAAAUCUUUCUGUUUAACUUGUUGCGGUUUAUUCUGCGGUUAUCUUGCUAGCUUUGUUA